UCGCAGCCGCCCGAGGACAGCGCCCGGCAGCCCCGGCCCCCGAGAGCGCCCCGUUGGCCGGGGGCCACGUACGCCCUGCGGGCCGGGCCGGCUCCCCGGGCGGGAGAGGACGCGGGCAGGGACCCCCCGAGUCCCCCGGCGCCGGUGACUUUGCGACACUGCAGCCAAGAUGGCUUCAUCGCUGCCGUUGGCGCCCCCCUGCAGGCUGCGCUGCCCGCGGUCCCGAGCCCACUCCUCGGGCGACCCCUGGGGCGCUCGCGACUUCCUGGAGCCCGAGGGGAGCAGGCAGGAGGCGGGGGCAAAUUCCGAGGUGUGCCCAGAGCCCGGGAGUUUGGAAGUCACACUGGAGUCGCCGGGAAAAACCGACCUGGAGCGGCGGGGGAAGCCACAGGCUGCAGCGGGGGCGGGGAGGGGGGCGCACAGCGUCCCCGCGCCGGGCGAGAGCGGCGCCGCGCGAAACCCGACGCCUCUGCGCGUCUCCAGCUCCGCGACUUCGCCUGGAAAACCGCCCUCAGGCUGCAGAGCGGCCUCCCUUCUCCGACGCACAGGUACCCCUAAGAAACCUCACUGAAAAAGAAAGUACGGUGGUGGUGGCGGUGGUGGUGAUGGUAAACACCCAGAAGAACAAAGAGAACAGGAGAGGACAAGAAAACAAGUGAGAGAAUGGAAAGAAAAUGAAUUCAUGUAAUUACAAUAAAGGCAAGGAGAAAAAGGCGGAUGAAAGAAUUGUUUUAAAACAAAUAACAUUCCAGUGGAUGGGAAGAACUCUACAACUUCAGUUCAUUCUAGCAACCAAAUAUAAGACAAACUUCGGUACAAUGUGGGAGGAGACUAUACAAGGGUGUGAAUAGGAAGAGUCUGGAUGAUUGGGGACCAUCUUGGAGGCUGGCUGCCAAAAGUGAGAAAACUGAGAUUCAGAGAAGGAAGGUAACUUCCCCAAGGAUCCACAGCUGACAGGCAUAAAUCAACAAGUAUGCUGCAUAAGAAAACGUUCACCUGGGGAGUGAGAUACCAGUGUUGACUUCUAAUUUGUGGUGGUGGCACUCCUUGAGGUCUUCUCUCUUGGAUUUGACGCACGUACACUCUGACCAUUUUGUUUGAGUGGAAAGUUGAAAGAAAGCAACACACUAGCUACACGCAUCCAGCGAUCCUUGGGGUGGAAGAGCAAAGUUCUAGGGCAGAGCCUUCCUUGUCAGAGCCGGCGAUGCUUUCGCUCUCCGGUACCUGCUCAGCUUCACGCCGCAUCUGAAGGUCUGCCCCUCGCGGAACAGUUGUGUCUCCAUCUGGCUGCCAACCCACCCAAGCCUUCUCUCCUCCACAACCACCACCUUCCCUCCUUCCCCCCUCCUUUCCGUCUUCCCUCUCCACCCCGCCCCCAAUCUCCUCCUCUUUUUCUCACUACAAGCGGUUGCUGAUGCUGAAGCUGAGCGUCACUUCGGCUCCCACGGCAGACAUGGCGACAUUGACAGUGGUCCAGCCUCUCACUCUGGACAGAGAUGUUGCCAGAGCCAUUGAAUUACUGGAAAAACUGCAGGAAUCUGGAGAAGUACCAGUGCACAAGCUACAGUCCCUCAAAAAAGUGCUCCAGAGUGAGUUUUGUACUGCUAUUCGAGAGGUGUAUCAAUAUAUGCAUGAAACGAUAACUGUUAAUGGCUGUCCUGAAUUCCGUGCCAGGGCCACAGCAAAGGCAACAGUUGCAGCUUUUGCAGCUAGUGAAGGCCAUUCCCACCCUCGGGUAGUCGAGCUGCCAAAAACGGAUGAAGGCCUUGGUUUUAAUGUGAUGGGAGGAAAGGAGCAAAAUUCCCCCAUUUAUAUCUCUCGCAUCAUUCCUGGAGGGGUGGCCGAAAGACACGGAGGCCUCAAGCGAGGAGACCAGCUACUAUCAGUGAAUGGAGUGAGUGUGGAAGGAGAACACCAUGAGAAAGCUGUGGAACUACUCAAGGCUGCUAAGGACAGCGUCAAGCUGGUGGUCCGAUACACCCCGAAAGUCUUGGAAGAAAUGGAGGCUCGCUUUGAAAAGCUACGGACAGCCCGGCGUCGGCAGCAGCAACAAUUGCUAAUUCAACAACAGCAACAGCAGCGGCAGCAACAAACACAGCAAAACCACAUGUCAUAGGUCCUUGAAGCUACUUGAUCAAACACCCAAUAGUCACAAGUUUGAAACCGUGCUUCAGAAUCCCAGCACAUAGUAAAGGAAAAGACAACACUGAUAAUUAUACCUGUCAAGAAACUGUGAACACGUGGUGUAUAAAUUCUUUACAGAGGCAACUCGACACCUUCUUUCUCUGGGGCUAAACCCCCGCUGCUCACGUGCUCUUUACACACACAGACCUUCCAUUCACUGCAGUGGGAAUUCUCAGUGUGUAAAGGGAGAGGUUUUCCAGUCUGCAGACUGAAACAGAAUAAGAAGAAUAAAGUCCAUGACUUUCAGAUAAAUCACCAGGGCCAGGGUUAAGUGAAUCUUGGGUCUAUAGCUUGUCCAGAGAAUAACAAAUCCCUCAUUAGGCUAUAGUUCAAACUGCAUCAGUUCAAGGUUGUCGCCACUUAAAAGAAACCUACACAUUGCCCCUCACCCAGACCUGUUCCACGUCUGUAUUGCUGAGUUGUCUGAAUUAGAAUUCCAGUUAAUUGCAAAUUCAACCUCUGUUCCUCUCUUGAAAAUGGCAAGUUAUUAUACUAUAUUUAUACUCAAUUCAGGUUCUAGAAGCAUUUGGCUUUUUAUUUUCUGUUUCCAUGAAUUCUAUUAUGCAUUAAUAGAGUGGGCAAUUUCAACUCAACUUUUAGUUAGUUAAAAGCAAGGAUAGAGAACUCUAGUACUGUUUUUUGUUUUUUUUUUAAUUUAAGUCUUGCUUGUAUCUAUUCUUAUUAAUUCUAACAGAAUAUAAUGUCUUUUAUUCCACAAAAUAUAUAUUAUUAGAGUGUAUUUGUUACAAACUUAGGUCUUUUCUUACCAAGUGUUAUGAAUCUGGUAAGAGAAUACUAGCAAAGGACCCGGCUUCAUGAACUGAUCGUGUGAUAUUUAUAUAUAACCCUGCUCUCAAUAUUUUUUGUUAAUUUUAUAUUUUUGAUUGAUAAACUGGAGAAAUUUAAACUCUUUUUACCUACACGGAUGUGCUGUCAUAGAAGUCUGUUUGAUAUUUCAAAGCUUAGGGCUUUACAAAACUAAAUUAUGGAUGUGCAUAUAUAUAUAUACACAAAUAUAUGUCAUACAAAAUCUAGAUCAUUUUUCCCAAGUAUAAACUGGAUAUGUUUGGCAAUAUAAGAUCAAAAGUAUUAUUCCUCUUAAAAUUAGGCAUAUGGAAACCAGAGAUAUUAAUAUUGUGAAUGAAAAGAUAUUGCUGCUUCUAGGGUAAAAAUAUACCUACUUCAUUACACAUAUUCAUGUACGUAAAUAGAUAUCUUUCAGAAAGUAUCAUUUACUAUAAAAUGAUCUGUUAAAAUCAUCUAUACUGAUCAUAACUUUUAACUUAUAUGGUGAAUCUAGGCACAUAAGUCUGAUUUUACUUUAUGGAAUUAGCAGGAAGCAAUAAUUAUUUGGGCACUUAAAUACCUUAGCCACACAAAUGUACCUGAAGAAAGAAUAAAUGUCCAGUUGAAACACUCUAGAGAGAUCAUUAAAACUUGAGGCAAAUAUUUGAAUAUUCCGUUUUCUCAAAUGAAGAAACUGAUUCCCCAAGAGACAAUAAAUUUCACAUUUCAGAUAGUCCCUCAAAUUAGAAAUUUAUGAAGCUCAGUUUAGGAACUGUUUUCUUGAAAAUAAAACCAAUUGGAACUACCCCACAUGUUUCAUUUUGCCCUGUCGGGUGGUGUUAUUGUCAAUACCAAGUUCUGCCUACUCUUCAUAGCCCAUCACUCAACAGAGGACAAACAGUAAGGAAACCAGGAGGUGCACCUAUUUCAGCAAUGUCCUGCCGUGGUAACAGAUUCCCAUUCUUGAACACGUAUCAUUUUUUACUAGAGAGAACUGGGGUGGGGGUGGAGCAAGGGUGAGGACCCUGAAUGUUAUGUAAAAUAGGGUUACAAAAGAGGUAAGCAUGACUAAGGGAAUGAAUGAAGAAUACAGGAGCAUUAUUCAGUUUGAAAGAGGUAGUUCCCAUUUUUAUAAGAAAAAUUUAAUAAAACAUAUAUUUUAGUUAUCAUUUAACAGAAAAAUAUUCAAGCUAUUCAGGCUAUACCACAGACUGUCAUAAAGGGAAAUCAUUGCACCCUUGUGAUGAGGAAAUGGUCAUUUCAACACAUCUCAGUACACUGUAUAAAUUUGGAGCUUAAGGUAUGUUUUCGUUUAGCCGUAAGUGGUUGGUUACUAUUAAGUUAUCAUAUGUUUUCAUGUCAAUAUAAAUAUUGUCAUGGUGUUACAGAAGCAACUGUCAAAUGGGCAGACAGCUUACAUUUGUGUUUUCUGGAAACCUUUGUAUUUUAUGCUUCAUUUGCAUAAUGUUUUGUGCUAAUAAAUGUAUGCCAAGUCGUUUGUCCAAGUGAAGGGGCAAUCCAUCACACCUAAGGCAUCUAAGGACAGAUUACAUGUCACACUAGUCCUGUUUACAAAUGACCAGUCAGAUGACCAGUUUUCUUCAGUAAAAUCUAGUUGUUGAAAUGUAAGCCUUCCCCUAAAGUCUUCGUCAAAAGUAGCUACUUUCGUCAAAAGUAGCCAGUAGACUUAGAGAGGCUGCUUGUGGUUGUCUAAAGGUUCACUGAAGCCAGAGGGAAAAGGAAGAAAGUUACCACAACUUGUAUUAAUGCCUUUUAUUAUUACUGAUCAUAUUAGAGCCACUGACAAGUCCAAAAUCAUAUUAAAAUAAAGACAUAUCAUGUUGCUCUUACAUGAAGCUUUAUAGUAAACAAAUGAGAUAUUAAAAGUUGGGGAAAAAUCUGUUGUGACUAUUCAUCAGUGAUCCUGCUGAAUUUUAAUUCUUUCCCUUGACCUAAUUGGUGGCCAGAUUUUUCUAAACUCGAUCCUGCUGGAUUUUAUUUCUUUCCCUUGACCUAAUUGGUGGCCAGAUUCUUCUAAACUCUUUCCUGCUGUGAUUUUGAAGGCAAAAUACACAGCAUAGUUCAGUAAAAGAAUCCUUAAACCUUUUCACUGAAGCAUUUACAUUUUGAUUCUGUUGCCAUUUGAAAUAGAACCUCCACAGGGAGAUAAUGAGCUUAAAUUACAAUUGAUUUUGGAAAGAAUAACAGAUUUUGUGCUUCCUCAAUCAUGUAAUCAAUAGGGAAUUCUCUAGUUAUGUGAACUACAACUAUCUUUUAAGACAAUGCUAAGAUCUUAAUACAAAAUCUGUCAUUCAGGAGCUUUUUAAGAAUUCAAGGCUGUCUCUGAAGAACUUGGCUGGAGAUGGAUUAUACCAAUUUACAAAUGCAGUUUUCAACCAUGACAAAUCAAACUGAUCUGAUCUCAGUUCAUUUUACUCAACUGUGCCCAUAGGACCCUGAGACGUUGGAAUACUUUGUCUACAUUAUUUUUAACAUCUAUAGAUAUUUGUGGAUGUGUGAAUAAUGCUUGAAUUUCUCAUCUUUUGGCUAGUUUGUGUUUAUCACACAGACACAGCCUGUUAGUAAGACCAGCUUUAACAGCAUCAUGAAGUAGAAAUCAAUGCUCUGAAGAUUCAGGGAGGCCAACCUAAGACAAAAUCUCCUGAAACAUGGGGUAGUCCUACCCAUCUCAUCCCUCUCUAGAUCAUAAAAUCCCUGAGAAAGGGCUAUAACCGCCUUGUGGACUGCUGAUCCCUAGCAUCUGGGAUACUGCCAGCACAGUAGAGGCGCUCAAUUAAUAUUUGUUGAAUGAAUGGACAACUAAAUAAAUGAAUGAAAUUAGACAAAAAAAUAAAUUUUGCCUUCUGAUAAUUUGAAAAAUUUCACCAAUUUAUAUUAUCCUGAUUGGCAUUAUAAUUUCUGAAUUACAUAAUUAGAAUCAGAAUUGAUUCUUUAUAAAUACUUUUUAGAUAUAUGAAUUUGGAAUCAAUUACUUCAAAGGCUUCAAGGGUUUGAGAACACUUAGAUAGGAAUGUUUGGGGAUUCAGAGUUUUUACAAUGAAUAGAACUCAACCUUUCUAGCUAUUUAUGAAAGGUCCCUGAGUUAUAUGACAACGAUGAUCCAAACAUGGAACUCCAUUUAUAAAUUUUGUAAAAUAUUUUCAUUUUUAAAAAAGAAGAAAAUUCAUAUCAUCAAGCAUAUUAUUAAUAUGUCCUUCAAUAUAUAUUAACCACUUUUCUCUAAGGCUUUCAUUGUAAUUGGAGACACCAUCUCUAAAUCUUUUCCUGCUUUCAAAAGAUCACUUCUCCUUUCUUAUUUGACUCUUAGAAUGUACCUGAGCUAAAGAUUAAUCACAUAGCAAUUAAGACUUUUCCAUGUGUUUAUUCAUCUAACAAAUAUUUAUUGUAUACCUAGCAUAUGCUACGUUUUGGAAAUACAAUGGCAAACAAGACAGAUGCGGCACCCCCAUGGAGUUUGCUGUGAGGGGCUCCUCAACACUUGCUCUAGCAAUAACUAGGGUUACUGUCUAAUGGAUCCUUCUUCACAGCUAAUAGAAGAAAUGAAGUCCCUUACCCCAUGGAGAUCAUGAAAGACUCUGCACAUAUUUAUGUGAACUUGCUUUUCUAAACACACCACUCAAAAAUGCUGCUCAGUGUACCCAAACAUCAUAGUUAUACCCCAGUGAGGUAGGUAAUAAUUUAUGCAUAACUAACACUUAUUUAGUUCUUACUACUAUGCUCAGUACAUUCAUAGACUAUAUCAUUGAAUCCCUUCAGCAACUCUAUUUAGUAGGUUCCAUUUUAUAGACAAGAAAACUGAAGCACAGAUAUGUGACCUGUCCAAGGUCACACAGUUAGCAGAUGGAACUGGGAUUUGAACCCACACAGUAUAACACAAAAGUUCAUGUGUCUAAGCAUUAUCUGUGGCUUGGGGGACACCAUUACAUUAAAAUAAAUGUCAGUAACAUAAAUGGGUCACUGUAUAUAAAAGUUCUUUGAAAUUGUAAAGUAGUAUAUGAAAAGAUAUUAGUAAAGUAUUAUGAUCAACAAACCACAUCAGUGGCAGAAACAGAGUGAGAACUCAAUCUUAAGUUGCAGCUUACUCUCAUGAAGAACACUUCAAGCCAGGGAAAUGGAUAAAAGUACAGAUCCAGAAAAUUUCUGACAUGUGAUAACUAUUGCAAUGACUUUUGAGAAUUACUUAUUGUUAGCCACUGUGUCUAUUUGGUGCUACAAAAAAAAAAAAAAAACUGAAAGAACAAAAUCCCUUGCUGUAAGGGCUUAUAAUAAAUACACAAUGGGGAGAUGAAUCGAGGAUAUUCCACAUUUAUGGGGAAAGAUUGGGCCAUAGUACUAUUUUCUCACCAUUGCAUGUGAUCUUGUCUUUCUAAUUGUUUUCAUUAUUUUUCUGAAAGAGCUGCAAAAUUGUGCAGUGGUUCAACCUGACCAAAGUGGUAAUAUGCUGCUGGGAAGUAAAAGUAUUAGAUACCA